GGGCAAAUCAGUCAGCCAUGUAAAAACUCGACUUUAUCAAAUGUCAAACAUAAGUCACCUUAACGCUUUCACGUGUUCCCUAGAAGUAAAGCAAGAUGAUAACUAGACAAAAAGUUCGUGCUGGUAGAGUAGCGAAAGAUCGAAAUGUUAGAAUUGCCAGGGAUUAUCGGCCAAUCGACAAUCAUGACUGCGCUUUGCCCUUGGCCGAAGAUUAUUUGUCCAUGUACCUAAAUGAUGGAUAUUUCGUUCUUUUGAGAAGAAAAUUGAAGCAACUAUUUUUGAUUUCCGAAAAACUCACCAGGACUAAGUUGGUAUUUAGGUCCACUUUGAGAAUUGGAAUGGAGAAACAGAGACAUCUGCGUUAUUUUUAUUGGACCAUUCAUCCAUUCAGCAGUUUCAGAUUUUACUGGGAGAUUUUUAUGGCUUUCAUAUUUUUAACAACAAUGAUUUACAUGCCUUUGUACGGUAUCAAUGUCUUGAAUCCAAUGAAAAGAAGCUGGAGCAAUACCUAUUAUCAUCUUUUGAAUGGAGUAUGCAUAAUUGAUAUGGUAAUCAAUUGUUUUACUGGUUAUCACGAUAAGAAUAAGGAGAUAGUGGUGCUGAAUUUGAAGCUAGUUCUAAGGCAUUACUUUUUCGGCUAUUUCAUUUUUGAUUUCAUUGCCACCCUGCCAUUGACGCAUAUCAUUGCAUUAGCCGGAAGAUCAUUCCAUCAAUGGUAUUGGACCAUUAAUCGUUAUGUGAGAGUGGUCAGACUUUUUACAGCAAUCAAGUAUCUGGAUAACCUGAUGGAUAUAAUCAAGUUGGAGAACCAUAAGAGGAUACUCCUAAACCGGUUGAUGGUUUUCACCAUCUUCAUCGAAUAUGCGACCUAUUUCGCCUUCCUGAGCAAAUUGUGGAUAGUGAGCGGCCUGUAUUUGUGGUCUCUCAACUACAGCAUCUUCGUGAAAUUGAUGUACUGCAGUCUGAGGACGGUGUUCCUCAUCAAACCGCACCAUUACGGCCUGGAGACCACCAGGAUCUUUAUCAUAUUUCAUCAGUUCAUUCUGUUGCAUUGCGGUAAUUUGAUGAACGCUUUUCUUCUGGCUAUGAUAUUGAGAAUAUACAACAGAACGAGUAUGGUGUUAAGAAAACAUGAACAUUUGGCCAGGCAGGUGAAGGAAUACGCUAAGUUCAAGGAGCUCCCCGAAUUCAUGGAUGAAAUUCUCCUGCAAUAUGUUGAUUUCAAAUUUGGCAGACGUAUCUACGAUGAAGAUCUCAUUCUCAGUACUUUGACGCCGCACAUGAAAGAUGAAUUGUUCUUCUUGUACAGCCAGAAAUUGGUCGAAAACGUGGAACUCUUCAAGGAUAUGCCCACUUCGGCAAUCAAGAGAAUUGCGGUGAGAUUGAAGCCGGAAAUACUACUGCCUAACGACGUCAUUAUACAGGCAGGCUAUGAGGGUUCCAGCAUGUAUUUCAUCACUGCCGGAAUCGUGGCUGUAUAUACCAUCAAUGGAAAAGAGGUAUGUCAUCUCACAGAUGGUGCCAAUUUCGGAGAGAUAGCACUACUGAUGAACGAAACAAGAACUGCAAGCAUUGUAGCUGCUGAUUUCUGUGAACUUUUCAAGUUGAAUAGGAAAGAUUUUCAAGAGGCAAUCGAACCAUUUCCAGAGCUUAAGGAGAGGAUGGUCCAGAUAGCUAGGGAAAGAUAUACAACGAUUUUAGCUUUUCCGACUGAAGAUAACAGUGAAAAUUAAAUUGCUUUUUAUUCGAUAGGAAAUAUGUUGUUGGUAUUGAGUUAAAUUAAUUAAAUAAAUAAUUUAUUUUU